GCAGACAGUGCAGUUCAGGGAAACGUCAAAACAAGUCCUCUCAGCUGGUGCAUGUUGACUUUUCCGCACAGUAAAUUUUUCGGCACCAAAAUCUAAUAUUCACCGCGAAAACACGUAAAUAAACAAAAAUGGACAAGCGGAUUAACCCGGACUUUAACGCUUCCAAGCAUGCCAGCUCAAAUUCUUUGGAUUCCGACUCAAAGUCGAGUUCGUUGAACUCGAAACAUGGGGCGGAGACGAUUAUACCGCGCGAGACUCCCUUCAUCUACUUGAAUGGCGAAAAGGAACAGGACCAGAAGAACGAUGUGACCCACAUCUGCCCUUACAGGGAGCCCGCCGUCGGGACGCUGACCAUUACAAACUAUCGCCUGUACUUCCGCUCGCACCCCACGAAUGACCGCGAUCCUCCAGUGAUCGUAGAUGUUCCCCUUGGGGUAAUAUCCCGUGUUGAGAAAAUUGGCGGGUCGACAUCCCGUGGGGAGAAUUCUUACGGCAUCGAAAUUUUCUGCAAGGACAUGCGAAACCUCCGUUUCGCUCACAAGCAACAGAAUCAUUCACGCCGGACUGUCUUUGAGAAGCUGCAAACCUACGCGUUUCCGCUCUCCUUCAACGGCAAGUUGUUCGCAUUCUCGUACGCCGAGCAAUUUCCUGAGGACGGGUGGACGGUCUAUGAACCGGUGGCGGAAUUGAGGCGAAUGGGGGUCAAUAACGACACUUGGCGCAUCACGAAAAUUAAUGAGCAAUACUUGGUUUGCGAUAGCUACCCGGCCGUCUGGGCAGUACCGAAAGCAGCGAGCGACGAUUUUCUAAAGAAAGUCUGCACGUUCAGGUCGAGGAAUCGUUUGCCAGUUUUGUCGUGGAUCCAUCCAAAGUCACAGGCUACAAUCACGCGCUGUUCGCAGCCACUUGUUGGGGUUAGCGGAAAAAGGAGUCCCGAUGACGAGUUAUAUCUGAAUUAUAUAAUGGAAGCCAAUGCACAAUCUGAUAAAUUGUCCAUAAUGGACGCUCGACCCAGUGCCAAUGCUAUAGCGAAUAAGGCGAAAGGAGGUGGAUAUGAAUCGGACGACGCCUAUAAGAACGUAGAACUGAACUUUCUUGACAUUCAUAAUAUUCACGUGAUGCGUGAGAGCUUACGAAAAUUGAAAGAAGUUUGCUAUCCAACUAUCGAUGACCAAAAGUGGCUCACAGCAGUUGAGGGGAGUUUAUGGCUCAAACAUAUUAAAUGCAUUCUCGCUGGUGCCGUACGAAUAGUCGACAAAAUUGAAACAAUGAGUACGUCUGUGGUUGUCCACUGUUCCGAUGGUUGGGAUCGUACAGCACAAUUGACUGCGCUCUCCAUGCUUUUAUUAGAUCCUUAUUACCGGACUUUGCGUGGUUUCGAAGUGCUUAUCGAGAAAGAAUGGCUCAGCUUUGGUCAUAAGUUUCAACAAAGAAUUGGUCAUGGAGACAAUAGGCAUUCGGAUGCCGAUCGUUCACCAGUAUUCCUUCAGUUCAUCGAUUGUGUAUGGCAAGUUGGACAACAGUUUCCGAACGCUUUGGAGUUCAAUGAGCAUUUCUUGAUAACAAUCCUGGACCACUUGUAUUCUUCCCGUUUCGGGACUUUCCUAUGCAAUACGGAAGCCGAGCGUGUAAAGGAGGACUUAAAGCAUAAAACGGUGUCAUUGUGGUCAUACAUCAAUUCUUCGUAUGAACUCUAUCGAAAUUCCUUAUAUGGGGCCAAUUCUUCAGGAGUGCAAACAGUUUUAAAGCCACUAGCCAGUAUGCGUAACAUUAAGUUAUGGAAGGGAUUGUACUGUAGAUGGAACCCUAGCAUGCGUCCACAAGAUUCGAUUUAUCAGAGAACGCGUGAAAUGUUGGCACUGCAAGAGCAACUUCAACGCCAAGUCAAUGAUUGUCGCAUGAAAGCGAAUUCGCGAUGUACCCAAAGCACAGGUCGUCUAGCAUCCCCUCUGCAUUGAACCGAUUGAAUUUUUAUUUAUUUAAAUUAAUGCCCUGAAGGUGGACAACAUUCAUUUUUAAUGAGAACUCGUCUGAAAGUAACGAUGCCAUGUUAUAAUAGACUUCGACAUGGUGUUUUUUUGUGUGGAGCGGAAAGCAUAAAAGGCCCCCUAAAAACAUCACUUUUGGAAAGAUUUCAAAGGAAGGAAUGCCGUCCAAGUUUGGGGCGAGAAAUAUAUCAGUUUAGUAACAUAUUUAACGUACUUUAUUGCAAUAAUUUCUAAAAUUAAGACUCUUAAUAAAAAACCGUAUAAUUAUUACAAUUCAA